AUGGAGCAUAGAAAGUCAUAUGUGCUUGUAGCUCUCUUCGCAUUGCUUCUCUUGACCGAUAUUGUCAUUGCUGCCAGCGAAGGCGGCAAAGGCAACGGUAAUAACGGCCAGGGGAAUGAGGGACAAGUAGCAAAGGGUAAAGGAGGAGAUGAUGGCAAUGGCAAAGGCAAAGGCAGCGGUAACGGUCCAAAGAACAAGGAUAAAGACAAGAAGGACAAGGACGAGAAGGAAAAGAAGGCCAAGAAGGAGAAAGAAAAGAAAGAGAAAGAGGAAAGGGAAAAGAAAGACAAGGAAAGGAAGGAAAAGGAGAAGAAGGAUAAAGAGAGGAAGGACAAGGAGCAGAGUGAAGCAGCUGCUAGAUACAGAGUGCUUUCACCGUUGCCUACAGGACAGGAGCAAGCCAUGUGCCAAGCUCAGGGUGCAUGUUAUUACAAAACUCUUGUUUGUCCUGGUGAAUGUCCUAAGAGAAAGCCCACCAAGAACAGAAACACCAAAGGUUGCUUCAUUGACUGCACUAGCAAAUGCGAAGCUACAUGCAAAUGGAGAAAACCUAACUGCAACGGCUACGGUUCUCUAUGUUACGAUCCUAGAUUUGUUGGAGGGGACGGAAGGAUGUUCUAUUUCCAUGGAUCUAAAGGAGGAAACUUUGCAAUCGUUUCAGACAACAAUCUCCAGAUCAACGCUCACUUCAUCGGUACAAGACCCGUUGGAAGAACCAGAGACUUCACAUGGGUUCAAGCCCUAAAUGUCAUGUUCGAAACCCACAACCUCGUGAUCACAGCCAAUAGAGUGACACAAUGGGAUGAAAACUCUGACGCAUUUACCCUUAGAUUCAACGAAGAACUCAUCACACUACCUGAAGACGAACAAUCCGAAUGGAGGGUAAUCUCGGGACAAAGAGAGAUUGUCAUCGAAAGAACCGACGAGAGAAACAGCGUGAGGGUACUUGUCUCUGGUCUUGUCCAGAUGGACAUCAGAGUAAGACCUAUUGGGAAAGAAGAGGACAGAGUUCACAACUAUCAGUUGCCUCAAGAUGACGCAUUUGCCCAUCUUGAGACUCAGUUCAAGUUCCUUGACCUAAGUGAGCUUGUUGAGGGUGUUUUGGGGAAAACCUACCGUACUGAUUACGUUAGCUCUGCCAAGAUUGGAGUCCCAAUGCCUGUGGUGGGAGGAGAAGACAAAUACCAAACGCCUUCUCUGUUCUCUCCGACUUGUAGACUCUGCAGGUUUAAGCCUCAAGAAAAAACACUCUCUGCUGAUAUCUAA